AUGAUGGUAAUAAAAAAAUAUUUUAUUCAUCGUGAAACAAGAAUUGGUAUUCAUGGUAAACCAGAAAAAUGUGUUAAUGCAGAUGGUGAAGGUUGUGAAGGUAUUGGAUCCAGUGUACAUUGUGAUAUUUAUAAAAAUAUGGGUGAAGCACUUAAAAAUUUUGUUGAAGUUAAAGAGGUUGUAUUUCAGGUCAAGAAUGCAGUUAUUAUCUAUUAUAUUUUUUUUUUUUGA